AUGCAGACUGGCACUUGUAUGGAAUCGCAGAAUCGCAGGAAUCGCAACACUUCGUGGCGCUAUUACCACGAGGCUAUGACGUUUCCAGCACUCAACUUGUUGGGUGAUGCACAGAAGCGACGAGUGCUGAUUCUCGGUGGCGGCGAUGGCGGAAUUGCCACCUGCACCUUGCAGUUCGCCAGCGUUGAAAAGGUGGUGAACGUGGACAUCGAUGCCCAGGUGUCAGAGGAAGCCGGAAGGUGGUUUCCCAAGGUGUCCAGUGGCUUCAAGGACCCUCGCUGUGAAGUGGUGCAUUCCGAUGCUUUUGCCUGGGUCCAAGCUUCGCGUGCGAUCUUUGACUUGGUGAUUAUUGACUUCACAGAUGAGCCCAUUGAGGGGGCCUGGUCAGAGCAGUUCUUCACCCAAGUGCGAGGUUUGAUGAGCGAGGAUGGCAUCGUGGUUCAAAACGUGGGCACGAUGGCCACGCCGGAAAACCUGCAGAAGCUCUUCCGGCAGCACCAACGUGUCUUUGGUGCGGCUUUUCCGAUCCAUGCGCUUGUUCCAGACUACUUGGGCCCCUAUAUUCUGGUGCUCAGCAGCAUGGAUGCCACCCUCCAACCUCUCAAUGUCAACUGGGAGAGCUGGACAAGGCAGAAGAUCCCAGUGCAAUACUAUGAUGGUCCUGAGCAGCAUAUGGCACUCUUCACAGCCAUCCCAGCAGAUGUGAUGGAGCUUUUGGGCCUGCCAUUAGAGGGAAUGCCCUGCAAAAUUCCACCGUUGUCACCCCUGCGCCACACAAAAGCAGUGCGAGAGAAGGUAGUAUUCAAGGAAAAGAGCAAGGAGGGAAACCGAGUGAAGGUUACAUUGGACACUUCCUACAGUCUUCAUCAAGACUGGGAUACCAUUCUCUCUACCUAUUCGUGGCAGCGAGAUGAAUGUUUGAUGCUUCCUGCACUGUCCAUCUUGGGUGAUGUCAGAUCAGUGCUGGUUCUUGGCGGCGGGACCGGCGCCUUGGCGUCGCUGGCGCUGCAGUGGCCAGGGCUGGAGCGGCUGGUCGUGCUGGAGGUGGAUGAGUCCGUGGUUCGGGCGCUGCGAAAGUACUUUCCCACAGAGGCGAAAGUCCUUUCGGAUCCCAGGACUGAGCUGAUUAUGGACGACGCAUUCAGCUGGAUUUCCACCACCCACGAGCAGUUCGACCUGGUGAUCCUCAGCAUGUUUGACCAACCCUGGCUACCAGCCCGGCGCACCACCCGAGUACCAGCAGUUCGAGGCUUCUACAGGCAGCUUCGGGUUUAG